AUGUCUUUUCACUCCUUUUCCUUUACACUAUUUCUUCAUAUUGAAGAUGAAUAUGAUGGUGUCAAUGACUUUGACUCAUCUGGAAUAUCAGAAGAUACUUUUAACCUUUUAGCUGACGACACACAAUCAUUUGUUUUAAAUGAGGAAGAGUCUUUUAGUGAGUUUUUUGAGAAUAACUACGAAGAAGUUGAAAAUAUUGAACUAUUAUGGCUUGAAAAUUAUGGAUUAGAACAAGGCUUUGCAUUUACGAUUACCCACAGCGAUAAAGAUAAGGAUGAUGGACAUAAUACAAAUAAUUGCAAGUUUCAUAUUAAUGCUUACCGUCGAAAAAAGGACAAUCUCGUUCACAUUACAAAGGUUGAGGGUGAGCAUAAUCACGAAUUAGUAGAGAAUAUUAGAAUGGUUUUCCCUUGUUAUCGUAAGCUUACUCUAGAAAUGCGUGAUGACAUAGCACUUCUCGCUACUUGUGAGAUGCGUGCUGGUGCAAUUAUUGAAGUUUUACAGUAUAAAUAUCCAGACAAAUACAUUUAUUCCCCAACCGCUAUAGUGUCAGAUGAAAUAAAAGACACCUUUUUAUGGUUAUUCACGAGUCUUUCCAAAGCAAUGGGAGGAUUAACACCAUCCUUACUUUAUACAGAUGCUGAUCCUGCGAUGAUUGCAGCAAUAAACAGCACCUGGCCAACAACAAAACAUCAUUUUU